AGAUCACAUUGCGAGGGUUUUUUGAAAUUCCCCCUCAUCGUGUAAAAAACCCUCAUUACUUGUAAGGAACUCGGAAAUUUCCCUUCAAAUCUUUAAAACCCUAAGACCUGCAAGAUGGCCGGAAAAGGUCCCGAACUCUUCUCCGACAUAGGCAAGAAAGCUAGAGACUUGCUUUUCAAGGAUUAUAGCAAUGAACAGAAGAUUACCGUCGCUUCCCUUUCCGACAUUGGAGUGGGUCUCAACUCAACUGUGAUCAAGCGGGGAGGUCUCUACUCUGGGGAUGUGGCAGCACAAUACAAGCAAAAGAAUGCUGUUCUUCAUUUAAAAUUUGACACAGAAUCAAAUGUUUCCUCAGUCCUCACAGUUACUGAUAUUCUGCCAUCCACACAUGUCAUUGCUUCACUGAAAUUCCCAAAUUACAACUCUGGGAAGUUGGAGGCUCAAUAUUUCCAUGAGCAUGCUACAUUUACUACAGCCUUUGCUUUGAACAAGUCUCCUUCAGUUGAUAUUUCAGCGACCAUUGGGACACCCCACAUUGCUUUUGGAGCGGAAGCUAGUUUUUUAACAAAUUCUGGUUAUUUUGCAAAAUAUAAUGCUGGGGUGAGUGUAACAAAGGCAGAUUCCAAAGCAUCAGCAAUAUUGGCCGAUAAAGGAGACUCUCUAAGAGUGGCAUACUUGCACCUUUUCGAACAGUUGAAUGGGGGAGCUGUUGUGGGAGAAAUCAGCAGAAAGUUCUCUACCAAUGCAAAUACAUUGACGGUGGGAUGUUCAUAUGUGCUCAACUCUCAAACAGUUGUGAAAACAAAACUUAACAACCAUGGCAAUCUCGGGGCUCUUUUGCAGCAUCAGCUGUCGCCAAAGUCUUUCCUAACUGUAUCUGGUGCCUUUGACACCAAUGCUUUGACAAAUUAUCCCAAGUUUGGGUUGACGCUACUUUUGAAGCCUUGAAAUAUCAAAAGGAUUUAGAAAGGGCCGAAGCUCAAACAUUAGUCAGCUGCCAUCUGUUUGUGUUGUCUUUCAGCAUAUAAAAACAUCUUCAGUAGUCGUAGAAUUCUUUUGCUCUCAUUUUUUUUUCCAAUUUGCUUUUCUUGUGCAAUAGUUAGAUGGAUUCUUGAGAGUUUUGAGACAAUUUCCCUUCCCACACAUUCAAUUGUGGAGAAAAGGUAGAGUGGGAUUGCAAAUGUAAUUCAUCCUUGGUAGUUGUUACUACAGAUUGUUUGUCAAUGAUGGAAUAGAAACACAUAAUCUUCUCACAAA